CUAUUUUCAAGUCUUAACACCUACAAGCAGGACAUAUUAUUCUCGUGUCUUUCAUCCUUACAAAACUAGAAGAUCAUCAUUGCAUUUUGGUUUGUCUUAACUUCCAAAAAUGACGAUAGUAGAGAUGUGUGUGCACAUGGACUGUGAAGGUUGCGAGACUAGGAUAAGGAAAUCUCUUCAAAAAUUACGUGGAGUUGAUAAUGUUGACAUAAACAUGGAGAUGCAAAAGGUGAGUGUGAUGGGUUGGGCUGAUGAAAAGAAAGUGUUGAAAACAGUUAGGAAGACAGGUAGAAGGGCAGAGCUAUGGCCAUAUCCGUACAACCCAGAGUACCAUUACAGCAAUAACUAUGACAAGCCUUCCUCUUCCUACAAUUACUACAAGCAUGGAUAUAGUUAUGUUGAAGACUUUGGCUAUUACAAAAAGUCAAUUGGUGCAACAAUUAUUAAUGAUAAGGUCAUGUCUACGUUUAGUGAUGACAACCCUCAUGCUUGUUCUAUUAUGUGAUUUCAACCUAGCUAGCUUACAUUAAUUAUAUAUUGAUAUUGAUUUAAUAAUUUGGGUUCUGUUUAUAUGUAGAACGUAUCAUAUGUACUGCACAUACAAUUAUUAACCCACAAAUAAAUACUAUAUAGUAGUAAUACAGUACUUGUAAAGAAUUGAUGUACCACAUGUUGGAUUUUAUAUUUAUUGUG